UGGAUUGUUUCUUGCUUCAAGCUGACUCCCAUAUAUCUGGGCAUUGCUGUUACUCUGGCGAGGUAGGUGAUCAAAUCAGACUGUGCAGUUCAUGGAUAAGAUGGUAAGAGUCGAAGGAAAUAAUAUGAGUACAAAAAGCGACGCACGGUCAACAUCAAUGGAAGUAGACAUUGACAUUAAUCUUGAUUGGGAUAUCAGUCAGCAACCCUCCGCAAUCAGGCGUGAGGAGUCUCGGGAUGACGACAGAGGAUCCCGUCAUCGGCUGUUUUAUAUGCUUGAGUCCCGCUCUCUCUUCUUCCACCCAGCACUGAUCGUCGUCGUCGUCGCUGCAAUAACAAUUGUUCUACGAAUCCUUUCCCACCGUCUAGCCCACCUCCCCGACAGUCUGUAAUCUUUCUCAGUCCCUUCGAUAGCUCACUGAGUACUCAGUGCAAUAAUCAUUCUCAUCUCGUUCUUAACAAGUGCCACUGAACUGUCAGCGGGUACUCUCUGAUUGGUGUGAAUAUCAUCAAAAUUCCAUCUCCUAAUCCUUAAGCACCUCGAUAAUCCCAAUCCCCAGUCGCUUCGACCCUAACGGUGACUAAAAUAA